GAUGAAAAAUUAACCUCAAUCAACAUCGACGUUUUCAUAUCCUUUCAAAACGAAUCAACCUACCGACAUUCGAGCCAUUCAUACGAGAACUACGAAUUAUCUUGGCCAGAAUCCUUUUAUGAGGAAUUCAUUUAUCUAAACGCAACGGCUGUUCAUCUGAAUCGAGAACUUGAAACUGCUCAGCCGCAUUCUUCAAGCUACUGGUCAAUGCUAUGAAGCGAAAAAAGAGAUAUUAAACUCCUUGCUGGAAAUCGAACAAGCGCUUGAGUCCAUAAACGUCACAAUUCUGUACAAAUUCGUUUCGUGGCAUAGAUCUGACAAGGUCAGGCGUUUUUCUUCUACCCGUCGACUGGGUACCAAUGCUGGAAACAUGAAAAACUGUGAUCAAAAUCCAUUCAACUAUUACACUAGCCAAAUGCAGAAAAGUGGGAUGAGCACACUGACCAAUCAGUGUAAGGACAGUUAUAGAAUAAGGGGCUAGGCUCUUUCACCCACAGCUCACCAAUCAGAGAAAGUGUGCUCUUGAGAGCACCAACGAUCGGUUCGAUACUUGGAUGAGCUCAUCUAAUGUCUUCGCGCCGGCCAAGCCAUAGAAAUGGACCGUAACCUAUAUUGAGCUUCUGUAGGGACCAUAUUAUUUAUUGAUUUUUGGGUCUCGAUGUUUUCAUAACGCGAACAUUAUUGGGACUUUCAGAUCGUCUGUAAACCAUCUACUGAAAGACUGGUCAAUAAUGGUCCAGAAUUGCGAUUUUCUCUUCCAGCCCUCUCGAGAUUUACUUUGAGAUUUUCCUAUGAGCUCAUCCAAUGUAAAUCAAAAGAUCCAUUCUAUGAACACUCGUUCUCACGUCAUCCAAUUAUAUGAAGAUGAAACAGCAAAAUUUUGGAGCAAGGCUCAACUGCUUUACAAAUGAUCUUCACCAGUGUGGGAUCACCUUGUAGCUACUCUGUAGUGGGUCGUUUAAACCCCUGACUUGUUGGAAUAAAAUCCCCGAAAAGAUCCAAUUUUAGGACCACAAACGCUCGAGCCACAUAGCCCGCAAUCCGACCUCGAAAGAAUUGUAGGCUUCCUGUCAGUAAGAUCGAGAAACCAAUCUCCCGACCGAUUUCCAGCAAUGCCAUAGGAUUCUGGGCCUUGGCUUACUUGGGACCUCCCUCGGCCAUGAUGGGCUUGAAUAUAAAGUCUGCCGAUUCCCGCUCCUCGGCUCACCAUAAUGCUCUGAAGGAACGUCCAAUCCUAUUGCUCCUUCAUCUCUUUAGCAAAUUAACAGCGUGACUUUAUUGGCUUUUGCCUUGGCACGAGGCAUAUCAGAGAAAUCAGGAAGUCAUUUACAUCAAACUUUAUAUUUCUACUCGGUCAUUCGCAGAAAAGAAAACUUGGGAAAGUAGUGUGAAUCAUCGAAUUUUAAUUGAUUCAUAACGUCCUGAAACCUGCUUAAGAACAACGCACGAAACCUCUUCCACAGACAAAGUACUAUCAAGCAACAUGCAUAUCUCUCUGCAACAUAUUCUGGUAUCGCUGUCUGCAGCAGCCCUCACUUCCUCGGUUGUUGAAGCUAUCCCUACAAAGAUCCAGCGAGCUUCCGAUUCCUCUUUUUUAGCUAAGCGUGCAAGUUCAAAAGAUAGCUUAAAUCGUGCCGACUUUCAGAAUUAUGCUUCUUCCGCCAUCAACGCUCUCCAAAAAACCUACUGGAAUGCUCCAGCUGGACUAUGGGGCUCCUAUGAUGACAGUGGAAAAUUCUCCCCACAAUGGUGGCCUUCCGCCAAUGUCCUUACCAUGAUGGCAAACUACUAUGGAAGAUACCCGACCACAGCUACAUGGAUGCCUGAUCUUUUUGCGACAAUCUUGACGCAUGCUCCAGCGUAUGCGAAGGGGUUUCUCAAUGAUUACUAUGAUGAUGAACUCUGGUGGGUAUUGGCUUGGAUUCAGGUUUAUGAUGUGACUGGAAAUGAGACUUAUCUCAAAGCCGCGGCUGAGAUUUAUGAAGAUCCUAAGAGUGUUUAUGGUAAUACUCCUUGUGGUGGCUUAUGGUGGGACAAAAAGCACUCCGGUGUCAACAGCGUAGAAAACGAACUCUACCUCACCGCCUCCGCCAAACUCGCCAAUCGCCUACCCGCGAGAAAAAACUCCGAAGGACAAGGUUACUAUUACUCUCAGGCUCUCAUUGCCUACGACUUCCUGAUCACCAAUACAACUACCUCCAUGAAUCCUUCUACUCAUCUCUUCAACGACGGCAUCUCCAUGAACACAUGUAAAAACAACGGAAAGAUCGUAUUCACUUACAAUCAAGGAAUCAUACUUUCCGGUCUCACAGAACUCACCUGGAGCACAAGAAGUCAUUCCUACACUGCACUCGCGGUAGAGAUCGCCAACUCGGUCAUCGAGAAAAUGACAACCUCUGCAGGAAUCUUACAAGAAAAAGCCUGCGAGCCUAACGCCUGUAAUGGAGACGAACAGCAAUUCAAAGGCAUCUUUACACGCAAUCUCGCAUUCAUGAUCAAUAGAGCUACCGGAAUGGAUGCCAAUAUACUCGCUAAGUAUCGAGCUUUCCUAGCGCUCAAUGCAGAGAGUAUCAUUCGCGACGAUACUAGUAGUGAUAAUAUGCUCGGAUUGGUGUGGAGUGGCGCCAACAAACCAGUGUACAGUGUGGAGACUGAUGGGAGCGCGUUGGAUACGCUUGUGGGAGCGGCCAUCACAGCUUUGGAUUAGGAAUGGAAUGAGAUAAUGACUCGUAAUGGGGAUCGAAGGAAACGACUAUGAAGAUAUGAUAGGGAGGAAGUAAUGAUGUACCCAUUCCUCAGACGCCUUUUCAUUUAUGAAGCAACUUCCCAUCGGAACCUUGCUUAUUUAUUGCUGAGAAAGCAAAGCGUGGAUUCUGUUUUUCUUUCUUUUUUUUCUUAGCGGCGGGAUAACAGAUACCACUUUGCAUUUGUAUUAUUUAUCUAUCAUCUUCCAUCUCCCAUGGCGUUUGGGGUUACGGGCUGGAAAAUACAUCAUCUUGACUCUUUGGGGAGUUUCUUUGAGAUGGACUUCAGUUGAAUGAAGUAUGAUGAUGAUCAUUUAGUCUGAGACUUGAUUAAUCAUUGCUUCUUUGAGAUUGCUUGCAUGUGUACAGGGAUGUGGGUGUGGAUGUGGAUUUGGGAAGAGUUCCUACCUGUAUAUUAUUUUAAUAGCAUUGCAUUUGCACAUACAUAUAAACAUACAUACAUAUUAUACAUACAUACAUAUUAUACAUACAUACAUCUUCCACCAUGACAAUCUAUACAUACACAUACAUACACAUUCCACCAUUCACUAUCCAUCAUCCAUCAUCCAUCACCUAUCACCCAUCAAACAAAUCCCAAUACAUCCCA